AUGCGUUUCAUUCUUCUUGCUGCUCUUAUUGCUCCCCUAGCCUCUGCGGCAGUUGCUGGUGUCGAUAUCGAAGCUCGAGCUGAGGUAGAGGCAAUCGCCAAAGUCGAAGAGCGAUCACUCCUCCCAUUGGACAAACGAUCAUGCGUGGCCAAUGGAUGCAAGUGUAGCACCAAGCAUCCUCUCAAACAAGGCCAGUACUGCGGCAAUUGUGUCUGGUCGAAUGGAGAUGGAUACAUCAUCACGGCGAAGCGUGUUAAUAAUCACGUUUACGAAUGCUCGCCCUCUGGAUCCUGCUGCGACUAUGGUGCGGGUAGUGAUUGCGGUUCUGGCACUGCUCGCUGUGGAUAA